AUGAUUGUAAACCAGAUUCCUGUGGACCACUGGCUGAGUGUACGUCUAAUGGGGGCUGCAUUUGUGUUUCUGGAUAUUGAUGAAUGUCUUGACAAAGUCUGUGGAGAUCACGGGGACUGCCUCAACAACCAAGGAAGUUAUGUGUGUAACUGCCAUGACGGCUAUGUUGUGGCUGAUGCAACCCUUGUUUGCCAAGAUGUUGAUGAGUGCGUCGAAAAUGCUACCAUCUGUGGACCUAAUGCCAACUGCACAAAUUCACUUGGAUCUUAUGUGUGCACCUGCUUUCCUGGUUAUCAGCAGAGCAAUCCAGACAUUAUAGCCAGCGUGGCUAACCCAUGCACAGAUAUAGAUGAGUGCAGCGAGACACCUGAUAUAUGUGGUGAAAAAACUGUAUGCACAAAUGCACAAAGCACAUUCUACUGUUCCUGUCCUGAUGGAUUCUAUCCUUCAACAGGAUUCUUGUGGAAGAUGGGCAUCUCAGUUUGUCAAAGUCUCGGAGAUAUUCUAGAUGAGCUAGUACCACAAAAGGGUCAGACAAAAGAACGAGCUUUCCUUAACAAAAUGGAGGAAGAACUCAAGAACAACACAGGUGUCAUCUUAGUGGAAGCGGAAGUGUCAGGAGCUUUAGGAAAGGAUAAAAGGGUGAGUAGUGAAGGAGAUGGGGACACCGGCAGUGUCAUCCUGAGCAUCUCAGACCACCUAGUUUCUGCGAUGGUUCCACCAACUGAGAACCAAACCAAAAAAGCAAUGCAGACUUCAACAGUGGAUUUGAGCCUACUGGCCAUCGGUCCCGGGAUUCACGAAAACACGAGCGUCCCCCUCUUCAGCAAAGGACAUACCAUGGAACUCAACUUGCAGGCUCUAGCCAGCGCCAACAAUGGUUCAGCAGCAGCUGCCUUCAUGACACUGAAUGGGAUGGAGAAUCUUCUUAGUCAUCAAUAUUUUAAAUCAGAGAACAAGACAGAGAUGUACUCGGAUGUUUUCACUGUAAUAUUACCGUCAGUACACAACACCAACAUCACUGAGCCUGUCAACUUUACCAUCCAACAUAAGCAGAAAGUACCUGAAGCUGGAAUAGUGACUUGUGUGUUCUGGGAAGACAAACGCAAGAACAAAGAAGAACAACAAAAGGAUGAUGGAGGGAAAGAGGGGGAGGCGCUGCGUUGGUCCGCAGAGGGCUGUUGGGUUGCAUACUCUGAUGAAAACUACACAGUGUGCAGCUGCUCUCACCUCUCUACCUUUGCCCUCAUCAUGCAGAUUGGGGAGCCUCCACCAGAGGAUCCUUUCUUAGAGUGGCUGAACCGGGUGUGUGUGAUUUUCGGAUUAUUCUUCUUUGCACUGGCCAUCCUCACCUUCCUCCUGUGUAGCUGGAACCCCAAGAUCAACAACACGGCCCGUCUUCACCUCUGUAUCAGCCUUGCCUUGUCUCAUCUACUGCUGCUGUGGAAUGACAGAUAUGUUGAACAAGAGUUGGCCUGCACCGUCAUGGCCGGGCUUCUCCACUUCUUAGUUGUUGCCAGUUUUGUGUGGAUGCUGCUGGAGGCCCUGCAGCUCCACCUGCUGGUCCGAAGGCUCUCUAAGGUGCAGGUCAUCCAGAGAGAUGGCCUCCCUCGGCCAAUUCUCUACCUGAUUGGCUAUGGGGUUCCAUUUGUGAUUGUAGGUGUUUCCGCACUGGUGUAUUCUGAUGGAUAUGGUGCUACUGAGGCAGAGUCUAAUUGGGUGUUGUUCUGUGCUACUCUAUGGAGUCUGAGACCCACCUUGGCCAACAUGAAAAGUGAUGUUUCUCAAUCCAAAGACACCAGGUUGAUUGUGUUCAAGAUCCUGGCCCAGUUCGUCAUACUGGGCUGUACCUGGAUUCUUGGCCUGUACCAGACGAACCUUUUCUUUCAGGUCCUCUUCAUUUUCCUCAACUCCCAGCAGGGCACCUUCCUCUUCAUCGUCCACUGUCUGCUCAAUAAGGAGGUGCGAGAGGAGUACAUUAAAUGGCUGACAUGCUCUUUUGGAAAAGACAGAAAUGUGAAAGAUGACGCACAUUCAGCCUCUGAUGACUUGGACAAGACUAAGGAACAGACAGAUGAAGGAAAAAAGGACGAUUUGUCCUGA